ACAAAGAAAACAUGAGCUAUUACUUUCACUUUCUUUCCUUUUCUUAAUUGUUUUUUGUUUUCUAACAGCUAGACCUUCGCAUUUUUCUCCAUAAAAGUUAUAUGAUCCUAUUCGACAGCGCAUUCUCACUACCCUGUAUUACAGUCUUUAUUUACUAGGUCAUUUACGACACUUAGAUUUCUCAGGCAUUUCCUGCUGAAGCUUUUCAGUGCAUGAACUUGCAGAUUUGUGGGAGAGGCCGGUCAUUUGGAAACCUGACAGAAAACGGACUGUCCUGUGAAACACCACCACAGGAGGAGUUAACCUGUAGCAGAGCGUGUGGUUAAUCUUCUCCUGCGUCCAGCCAGGGGCUUCAAAGUGAUCCCUCUCAGGCUUUUCCCAGCCACUUUAUUUCCCUAAACAGAGCAGAAAACCCACUGAGGGAAUGAAAAUAUCUGUGGUGUCCAAGAAGCUGUGGUGCGUCCACAAGCAGCUGCUUCUCUGCCUCGCGCCACUCGUGUUCCUGCCUUUACUUUUUACUCUGCCAGAAAAGGAGGGAAAAUGCCUUUAUGUUGUGAUACUGAUGGCCACGUUUUGGUGCACAGAGGCCUUGCCUUUGGCAGUCACAGCGAUGCUUCCAGUCUGCCUCUUCCCGACGCUGGGGAUUCUCCCAGCCAAAAAAGUCUGCCCCGAGUACUUCAUCGAGACCAACUUCCUCUUCCUCAGCGGUCUUGUGUUGGCAUCGUCGAUUGAGGAGUGGGGCCUGCAUCGUAGGAUAGCACUGAAGGUCCUUAGUAUUGUUGGCGUGAAGCCGGCCUGGCUCAUCUUGGGAAUGAUGAUGACCUCAUCCUUCCUUUCCAUGUGGCUCAGCAACACCGCCACAACAGCCAUGAUGCUUCCCAUUGCAAACGCCAUCCUGGAGAGCCUGUUUGGGGACCUGGAGACCCUGAAGCAAAAGUGCAAAUCCCCAGAGGAUCGUGACAGUGCUGCAAUAAAUGGUCAAACUUCACUGAAGCUCCAUUCGCUGCCAUCAGAGCCUUCUGAAAAACAUAUGCUGUCAAUGGAUGGGAUGGAAGCUGUGGAGCCUGUAGACAUGAGGACGGCUGAGGAGAUCCAGUCAGAGUCACAGUAUCAGCUGAAAGUGUGGAAAGGAUUCUUGAUCUGUAUUCCCUACGCUGCCAGUAUUGGAGGUACAGCAACGCUGACAGGCACAGCACCAAACCUCAUCCUGAUUGGACAGCUCAAAAGCUACUUCCCAGACUGUGACCUUAUCAACUUUGGCUCUUGGUUUGCCUUCGCCUUCCCCCUUAUGCUUCUCUUUCUGUUUUUGGGAUGGAUUUGGAUCUCUUUUCUCUACGGCGGACUGAAUACAAGGUUAUGUUUCACGAAACAAGACCACAGAGCCCAGGCAGAAGCCAGAGCCAAAGCUCUAAUUAAAGAAGAUUACAGAAAACUGGGACCCAUGAACUUUGCGGAAGGGGCCAUCUCUUUCUUUUUUAUUUUAUUCGCUGUUCUUCUGUUCACAAGAGAUCCCAAAUUUGUUACAGGCUGGUCUGUGUUUUUCAAAAAAGGGUAUGUCUCAGAUGCUGUCACUGGUAUCAUCAUUGUGUCCAUUUUAUUCUUCUUCCCAUCACAAAAACCCUCUUUGAGUUGGUGGUUUGACCCAAAAGCUGUAAACACUCCAUAUGUCCCUCUGCUUUCAUGGAAAAAGGCCCAGGACUCUGUUCCCUGGAACAUUAUCCUCUUGCUUGGAGGCGGCUUUGCAAUGGCCAAAGCUUGUGAGGAGUCCGGCCUUGCGUCCUGGAUCGGAGGCCACCUCCAGCCCUUGGCUGAAGUUCCCCCAGCUGUAGCUGUGAUGUUAAUCACUGCUUUCCUGGCUUGUUUCACUGAGUUUGCCAGCAACACAGCAACUAUUAUUAUAUUUCUACCUGUCAUUGCUGAGCUGGCCAUUCGUGUCUCUGUCAACCCUCUGUACUUCAUGAUUCCUGCCACUGUGGGAUGUUCGUACGCCUUCAUGCUUCCUGUUUCCACUCCACCCAACUCCAUCGCGUUUGCAUCCGGACAUCUCAUGGUCAAAGACAUGGUGAAAACCGGCUUCGUCAUGAACAUCCUGGGGAUUCUCUCUGUUUCUCUGGCUAUGAACACGUGGGGCGUCGCCAUGUUUAACUUGAGCUCCUACCCAAAAUGGGCUAACUCCGCCAACACUACUGCCGCCACUUCAAAUGUUCACUUUCCAUCCAUGAGGUCAACCAACGGCACGCUCUGAGGAUGUAAAUGCAGACUGUAUAUAGAUUUAAAAGCUAUACAUGGACGUGUCUGUUUUUAAAUGUGCUAAAACACCACAAAGCUCUGUUACUGCUGCUCUUGGCUUUUCUGCUGUUAGGAAGCUCGUUGUAAUUAUUGCUUCAUACUUUAAUGUUUGCUUUGGCUUUAAGAUUUGUGAAUAUGCUGUAAAAAAACAAAAAGCUGAAUUAUCAUACACUAACUGGGCCAGAAGUACCAGAUGCCGUCAGAUUUAAGAAUUUCAGUAACAUCUAAUUCUUAAUCCAUUGAGUUUAAUCUGAUGUCGGCACCCUUUUUACAGUCUAAACAGCUUCUGCUCUUCUGGUUUUGGACUUUUUUUUUUU